CUUUUGGCAUGUCUUAGCCUUAAGUGAAUUAUAUGUGAAAUGAGGGGAUAAUUCCAUUCCCAGAAUUCCAAGUACGCCUCAUAAUUCCUAUCCAGUGUUUGGUAUUGGAACUCCUGCAAGAAUUGAGUACUGCCUGUUAAGGCUUCUACGUGUUAAAAAGUGGUGUGUGGAAAGCUAUCUCUCCUUUCUCUUGAUAUGUACUUGGUAUGAAAAUGAGAUUAUGAUGCCAUAGUUGUUCACUGAGCCCCAGGAUGGGCUGGGUACGAAAUAUGUAUAUAAUGACCACCUGAAGGAAAGUACAGACUAUAUAAAGCUUAUUCUCUUUCUUCUUUUGGCAUGUCUUUGUCUUAGUUGUAAGUUAAAUAUGAUAUGAGUUCCAGGGUAAUUCUUCCAUUCUUAAGCAUCUCCUAUUUACUUCUGAAGGUUGAGCUCCUAUAUUAGUUGAACUAUUUCCUUGGAAACUUCUAUAUGUUAAAGAAGUACCAAAUGUACAGGUUCCAAGUCUUAAAGACUAUAUGAUAACAAGUGUUUCUGAUUCCAUAAGCGACUUGGCCUUACGUUGGUACAUGUUUAGGGUCCCCGAGGUUACAAUUGAUAUAGCCCAUUAUGGCAUUUAGAGGACACUCGAGAUGACUACACUACUACUCGGGUCCUCAGGCAAAAGCUUAACUUUCUUCUUCUGUCGAGUCUCUGAUAAUGAUUUAAAUUGCAUAUGGUUACUCACUACUCUAUUCGUGCAUAUUGUAACCCUUCUAUCACCGAGUCCCGGGCCGGGUACGUUAUCGUGCACAGUACUCGUUAACAAUUGACCCCAGGGUCUCCCUCUGAGUUUGUCCUCGAGUCAUGAACAGCUUCUCUAAUUUAUAACUAGCAGUUGGGGCUUGGUACUUUUCAAGAAAAGUGAACUCAAUUGCUGGACAUUUUACCCUUUACCCUGAGUUUUUUUUCCUUCCUUUCCUACAGCACAAAUAUGGCUGGAGAUACCGUGGUUUGAAAUGUACUACUCAGAUAGGCUUUUGUUUCUCUGAAAUAAAAUUUCCCGAGUAAGAAGGGUGCCUCUUAUCGACGACCUGAAGGGUACCUCUUACAGCUUUAGUUAAACAUAAUAGGGGUACUUGGUAUCAAUUUCCAAGACAUCUUAAGAAUCUAUGUUUCAUUACCUUUUCUUGUUCUGGGAAAAUUUCGGCAAAGUUUCCUCUAUAUUUCUUACUAUCCCACAACCUGCACGCAGAAGAUACGAACAAUGCCUCACAGGGCCAACACAUAUAUAUAUUCAUAUCAUACCACAGCUACACAGGGCUUUCAGUAUCAACAAUAAGAUAAAAAUAAUGGACUUACCUUGUAUAUCCAACUUCGAACUGCAUCUGUUGCACCUUCCUGUCUAUUUCCCUUUUAGUUUUUGACUUUACAUUUCAAUCACAUGUCAAUACCUUACCCAAUAGAUAUCUUUCGUGUCUUUACUUUACUUACCUGCGUGCUCCGUAACUUCCCAUGUCAUUAAUUACUUCUUUCUGUUGAUGUCGUUCUUCUGUUAAGAUCCACGGUUAGUAUAAAGAAUUGUCCUAUGACUCAGAUCUAUAGCACGAUCUCAGAUAGGAAAGAAAGGUAACAUCAUAAAUGUCCUAUAGCUUCCUGUUUAUAGAUAGGGAUUAUGAGGCGUACUUGGAGUUCUGGGAAUGGAAUUAUCCCCUCAUUUCACAUACAAUUCACUUAAGGCUAAGAUGUGCCAAAAGGAAAGAAAGAUAGCUUUACAUACCUAUGCCAAAAACAUGCCAAGAGAAAGCUUCACAUACCUCGUACGAGUUACUCUGUCAUAUUCACCUCGUCGUCCUUCGAACCUAUUCAACACGAAAGUAAUACGAAUAUCAACCACUCUUGACUUUCCAGCAUCUUAAGUUGCACCUUAGUAUUCAUGGAAUAUGUUUCCUUGUUCGUCUCCUCGACUAGUUCUUUAAUUAAUUAAAGCGUUAUCGGAAAUUGGGCAGCACCAUGCCCUAUCCGAAUUUCCAAUUACAUCCCUAAGUACUACAGCCAACCAUCAACAAUAACCUGCAGCUCAUAUACACACAAAACAUGGGAACAUUACACAAUACCAACUCCAACCAAUUUACUGAAAAUUAUGAUACCAAAUUAGGGUUUCUAGUCUCUAUUUUGUAAAACCUUUAAUUAUACGACACGAGGGGUCGUGUGUCUGCAACCAGCAGCACCCACGCCCUAUUUAGACCAUAUUCCAGCCCUGCAUCACACCACCACACGCCUGCAGCAGCACAACACUUUACUUCGAUGACAAUUCAACUAUAACGACUCCAAUUUAGAUUGUCUUCAACGUCAAGCAUUUCUAUGAUAUUUUCACAUUUCCAACCACCUAUAGGGCGUGUAACACACUCCAUAACAACACCAUAAAGUCCAAAUUGAAAGGAGAAACCUUGCCUUACCCGAAAUUGGUCAAAACUGCCAAAUCGCGACUCGAAACUUCUCCAAACGUGCUGAAAUUUAGCGGACUAUUUGUAUCAGUUGCCGUUGCCAUCACUGCCACCAUCUCCUCCGCUACUAACGUCACCUCCUCCUCCAUCACCGCUAUAUUUUUCUCCCUCCUCCACUCUCACUAUCACCUCCUCCCUCUUCUUCCACCAACACCACUAGCCUUCUCUUCUUGUACAAUCACUAUCUCCUUCACCAGCUCCUUCUACACGUUAUUUUCUAUUAAAAAAAUUAACAAUUGUCAAAGUUGUUGCAGCAACUAUUCAGAAGUUUCUACAAUAAUUCAAUAAAUUGUUGAAGCAACUCAAGCAAUUGUUAAAGUUGCUGUAGAAAAUCAAGCAACUAUUGUAGUUGUUGUAGCAACUGCGAUAAUUGUUGCAACAACUAUUGUAAUUGUUGUAGCAACUAUGAUAGUUGUUGCAACAAGUAUCGCAUUUGCUGCAACAACUAUCAUAGUUGCUUGAUGUUCUGCAGAAUCUUUUUUUCAACAAUUUAAAUAUUUUUUUUUGAAAUUCUCAAAAUCAAAGCAAAACACUCCGUAAAAAUAAAAAGAAAAAGAAAAAAAUGUGAUAAAAAAUAAAAGACGGCGGUGACAAUAAUGACGAUGACAAAAAAGAAGAAGAAGGUGAUGAUGAUGAUGAAGGAAGGGAGAAAGAAAGAACAAUAAGAUCGAGGGAGAGAGAAAAUCUGAAAAGAGAGAGGGAGAAAGAGAGAAAAGGAGAGAGAUUGAUACAACAUCACUUAGUGGAAUCUCACAAGUAGGGUCUGGGGAGGAUAGGAUGUACGCAGACCUUAUCACUAACUCAUGGAGAUAGAGAGGUUGUUUUCGAACGACCCUCGGCUCAAAAGUCACAGUUCCAAGUACGAGAAAAAAAACAAUAUAUAUAGCAUAAAGAAAAAAAUAAUUAAAAAAAAAUAAUAAAAAGUAAAAAUAGAAAUUAAAAUAAAUAAUAAAAAUAAAAAUAAAAUGUAAUGCAAAAUUUACAAGACAAGAACAAUAACUAUAGCAAAGUACUGCAAUAAUCAAAGGCAAUAGCAACACAAUUAUAAAGGCACGCCUAGACCUACGACCACCCUUAACCGACAAAUGGUAAGACAUCAUUCUACCCCUACUAGCCUUCUACCCUAAUCCGCGACCUUCACUCUUUUCUAUGUAAGGUCAUGUCCUCGGUGAUAUAGAGUACCGUCAUAUCUUGUCUAAUCACCUCUCUCCAAUACUUUUUCAGUCUACCCCUACCCCUCCGCAUAGCCCCCACAUCCAACUGCUCGCACCUCCUAACUGGGGCGUCGACACCCCUGCUCUGCACAUGCCCAAACCAUCUCAGUCUCGCUUCUCUCAUCUUGUAGACCACGAACGCCACUCCCACCUUCUCCCGAGUAACCUUAUUCCUGAUCUUAUCACUCCUAGUGUGUCCACAAAUUCAUCUCAGCAUCCUCAUCUCCGCAACAUGCAUCUUCUGGACAUGAAAGUUCUUUACUGGCCAGCACUCCACUCCAUAUAACAACACUGGUCUGACAACUAUUCUGUAAAAUUUACCUUUAAGUUUAGGCGGUACGUUCUUAUCACACAAGACUUCAGAGGCUAGCCUUCAUUUCAACCAUGCUGCCCCAAUGUUUGAAAUAAGAGGGAAGAUUUUUUAAGAUUUUUUGAAAUUCUAAUAUGUACCCCAAAGUUUUUAAUCACUCUAAUUAAGUCCAUAUUUUAUUUAAUCUCAUUUGACCAAGUCAAUGUCACCUUUUUUUAUUGAGAACUUUUUUGUCACCUAUAGCUUAAUUCUUUCAUCUCUCCCAUCGUAAAGGACAAAAAACAAACCUUCCCCCGUCACCCCUCCCGCCGCUGGUUUGCCGCUGCCGGUUCGCCACCGCCAGCUACAAAUCCACCUCCCUUGUCGCCGUGAAGUUUUCUUCCUAUGGUGUUUGGUUGUCUUCGAUUUCAAACUCUCGAUUAUACCUUCUGCCCUUCUAUUGUGUGGCACUCGGAAUCUCCUAAUCCUGAAUCCACGCUUGGACAGACUACGGUGAACUACUUGACCGUCUCUUUCUCAAAUCAGAGCUAUGGAGAAUUCAGAUACUCCAGCAUGUGAUUCAAACGCUGCCAAAGCUGAAGCUGAUCAGCCGCCAAUAGCUCCUGUAUGCAAUUUUUUCAAAAAACCAUCUAAGGGAAAAAAUAUCAGAAAGCGUCCUACUGUUGAAGAGGGGGAGAAUGAAGAUGCAGACGGUGAUAGUUCAGUUAUAUAUACCAAGAAAAGGACAGUGGUUGCUAAUAAUAAGCUGCACUUCUCAACUGGACCUUCAAAAUCCAACAAGGAUACUGAAUCCAAGUUGGAUCCAAAAGCGUCUCGUUUUCAUUUUGAGUCCUCAAAGGAAAUUCAAGUUCAAAAUGAUAGUAGAGCGACAGCCACUUUAGAAACUGAGACUGAGUUCUCUAAAGAUGCCCGGGCCAUUCGGGAAAGAGCUCUGAAGCAGGCAGAGGAGGCUUUAAAGGGAAAAAGCAAGACAGGUGGUGAUGAGAAAUUGUAUAAGGGUAUGAAUCAAUAUACUGAUUACAAAGCUGGUUUGAGAAGAGAACAUACGAUUUCUAGUGAGAAAGCUGGUGGUGCGCAUGGUCCACUCAGGGCUUCUGCUCACAUCAGAGUUUCAGCAAGGUUUGACUAUCAACCAGAUAUUUGUAAGGACUAUAAAGAGACGGGAUAUUGUGGAUACGGGGACUCCUGCAAAUUUAUGCAUGACCGUGGAGAUUAUAAAUCUGGGUGGCAGAUGGAAAAGGAGUGGGAGGAAGCCGAGAAAGAGAGGAAAAGAAAAUUGGCUAUGGGGAUGCUCGAUGAAGACGAAGACGAUGCAGAGAAGAGUGAUGAAGAUGAUGAUGACGACGACGCAUUACCAUUUGCUUGUUUUAUCUGCAGAGAGCCUUUUGUUGAUCCUGUUAUGACCAAAUGCAAACAUUACUUCUGUGAGCACUGUGCGUUAAAGCACCAUGCAAAGAAUAAGAAGUGCUAUGUAUGUAACCAGCCAACCCUUGGGAUAUUCAAUACAGCAUUUGAAAUACGCAAGAGAAUGGCAGCUCAAGGAAAAUGAUGGAUCUUCUGCUAGUUCUCUCUUUCACGAUGCCAUAGAAGUGGAUCUUGCUUUACUGAUGUAUGAUGGUUCAAGUAACUGAUUGUGAUUGAUGUAUGAUCAGGAAGUUUGAAACAACACCAAAGCUGGUGGAAGAUGAAGAAUAGGACAUUGACUUGAACACCAAUAUCACCCCUCUCCUUUGAUGUGAAGAGUAGACAGCUUUGCUUGUAUGGAAUUAGAGGAUGUGUUUUUCCUCUUUUGUUGCCUUAGUCAUGCAUUUUGAAAUUUUAAGCCUACAUGAAGGAUUUAGUGAAUCACUUCAGAUGCUGGUCUAUUUGUCUCAGCUCUAUAUCAUAUCCUUUGAAUGAGAUGAAUUAUUAUUAUGAGGGGACUAAAAUUGUAAACUUGGUGGUUAAAUCAACCUCUUAACUUGUAUUUUAUGUCUCAAUGGAAAUGACAUUACUCUUUUCAAAUCU